CCUGUGCUUCCUGCAUUUCUGCUAAAUAUCACGACUUUCUCUGAGGUGGCCUACAAUUAUUAGUUGCGUCAGGAUGUGGGAAAAUGUUAUAGUUGAUGGCGGCCUUCAAAUAACAACUACUGUAGCUUCUAUACUGAGAAUUUCUAUACUAGUGUAGUCACAUAAAUAAAUGGAGGACAUGAGCAUGUGAAUUGUGCGUUUACCCAUUGGAUUAGAAAACUAGAUGAAACAUAGGACACCAAAAUAGCCUACACUUUCUUGUUCCCUACUUCCAAGGAAGUUGAGUGUAAAGACACACCUAGCGCACGCAUAUAGGAACUGUUUGACUCGGUUAGCUUGUAGAAGAGGCACGGCACUUAAGGGGCUAUGGCGAAAUCUGUUAAGGAUCACCUGCAAGAUAUUUUUGAUGAUCUUGGAGCGGGAGGUCAGAAAAAGUUUAAAAGCAAAUUGCUCGACUGGAAGUCAGAACCUCGCGUGCGACGAGCUGCUAUCGAAAAGAUCGAGGAUUCCAUAGAUCUCGCAGAACUGAUGGUGAACACUUUCACUACGUCUGGCGCUGUUGCCGUAACAAUCGACAUUUUACGGGCUAUUGGCUGCAACGAACAAGCAAAUGAUCUCACUGAAAGCACGGGACAAAAAGCUUCAAAUGUUCCUUCAGCGGAAACAGGCGCUCCAUCUGCUGAGGACUUUAUCGAUAAGAAUCGCACGGAGCUGAUAAAUCGAGUGAGUAACGUAGACGGCGUCCUGGAUGAACUUCUUCAGAUGAGAAUCAUCACAGAGGAGGCCUACAGCGACAUCCGUUCGGAGAAAACCUCACAAAGCAAGAUGAGGUUAUUAUUAAGUGGUCCGAUUAAAUCCGCUGGCAGGAAAGGGAAAGAAGCUUUAUACAAAGCUCUCAAGAAAGUUGAGCCCUGCUUGACAGAAGAUCUGGAGUGACAGUGAAAAGCCUGGAUAUUUUUACAUUUAAUGUUUCUAUUUGCUUGUCUAAUUAGUGUACAGGAUACAUAACAAAAUCAAUGAACUGUUUUCAGCACACGAAUGUUUAAACGUUUUAAAUGUUUUAAUGCCUGAAAUUCGAAUGUUGUUUCCCCUACAUUUUUUUUUGCAAACAAGAAAGGGUGCAUCCAAAAUCUUGCUUGCUAACCUAAGAUGACAAAUUCUUGUCUUUGCCAACUUAUCUUUUAAUCACCGUUCAAUAAACAAGCAAACCAUUUCAA